AUGGCUAGUAGUUCAAUUCCGAUUACAUCUGAUCCUACUUCACCAUAUUAUAUAAAUCCUUCUGAAAAUACUGCUUUACCGAUUGUUUCUGAGAAGUUUUCUGGAGAAGCUUUUGGCGAAUGGAAAAGGAGCAUGAUGAUUGCAUUGGCAACGAAGAACAAAUUAGGAUUUGUGGAUGGAAGUUUACCUAAACCAGAUGAGACAAAUCCUAAUUGUGCAGCAUGGAAGCGAUGUGAUGCAAUCAUAAUUUCUUACAUCUUGAGAUCGUUAGAAAAUUCAAUUGCUAGAAGUGUCCUGUUCUUGAAUACAUCACAAGAAAUCUGGAAGGAUCUUGAUGAAAGAUUUUCACAAACUUCAGGACCUCAACUGUAUACAUUGCAGCAAUCGUUAGCAGACUUAAAACAAGGACCAGAAACUUCAAUCACUGAGUUCUUUACACAGUUGAAGGCUAUUUGGGAUCAGAUAAAUCAAAUGAAUCCUUUGCUUACUUGUAGCAGUUCAGGUUGUACUUGUAUUCAAGUGUUCUUGAAACAACAACAAGAAGGAAGGCUGGUACAACUCUUGAUGAAGUUAGACAGUAAAUUUACUGCUGUGAGAACCAAUAUUUUGAUGAUGCAGCCAUUACCGAGUAUGUCUAUGUCAUAUAAGUUGUUGAUACAAGAAGAAAAACAAAGGCAGGCAAGUAAUGCUGAAGAAGAAAAUAAUUGA